AUGAGAUCAGUGCUGAAAACUAACAAGGUUCACGGAGACGCCAACUCUGUUAAGCUUACGACUAAAGCGGUGGCGGUACUCUUGCCCAUCCUGGGCAUAUCGUGGAUCUUUGGGGUUCUGGCAGUGAACGACCACUCCCUGCUUUUCCAGUACAUGUUUGCAGUGUUUAACUCACUACAGGGGUUCUUCAUAUUCCUGUUUCACUGUCUGUUAAACUCUGAGGUAAGAGCUGCUUUCAAACACAAAACCAAAGUGUGGACUUUAACCAGCAGCUCAAUCCGCAACAUCAACGUCAAACCUUUCAACUCAGACAUAAUGAACGGCAACAAGGGCGGUGUGACACCCACAAAGAUGAACACAUGGGACAAAAGCACCAACUCAGCCAACCGCAUCGAUUUGUCAGCUGUAUAAUUUCUUCUGGUCCAAACAGAGCAAGUGGACAACAGCAUAGCACUUCUUAUAGAACAUGUGCCUUUCUAUAUCACUUUUUAAAUGGACUUUAUAUGAUGAAAUAGCUACAGACACUUGCAUCUGAUUGUACUAUAGUUAACUCACAACACAAAGUUCUCUGAUGUCAUUUCCUCCUGCUGAUGAUCUCUCUAACACAAACAUAGGAUGAAGACACACUGCCCGUUGUUGGGAUGAAGGAGUUCAUGGUUUGCUAAUAAUGUGGUGUGCAGAGGAAAACACACUAACUCUCACAGACAGGAGACUCUCCUGAGGUACAGUACCUG